AUGGCCCCGUCAGGCUUUAACAGCAAGAUUAACAUCACUGACAUCGGCACUGCCACUGCCAUGCUAGAAAUCGAUGGCAUCAACUUUCUAACGGAUCCUUACUUCUCUCCCCCAGAGACUGAGUGGGAUGUUGGCAUCGUAGUCCUAAAGCAAUGCGAAACCAGCGAUGGCCCGGCCCUUCGCCUCCAGGAUCUGCCGCCAAUUGAUACUGUUCUCUUGAGUCAUGAAAAUCACCCCGAGAACCUGGACACUCUUGGCCGCCAUCUCCUAGACGCACGCAAGGUACUUACAACAAUGGACGGCGCGAAUAACUUGGCUCCUCGCCCUGGAGUCCGUGGCUUGCAGCCAUAG